GUUCCUUGUUGUAUUUUUCCAUAUAUUUAUUUUCGCUCUAGCUAGCAGUUGAUUCCUUCUUUCUGCAGUGUAGCUUCCACAGCACUAGUGAGCAGUGAGUGAGGACCAUUAUUCAUUUGUUAAUAUGGUUAUAAAAAUACAGUGAGCACGUACGUACGCGUAACCUCUCUCUUUGCUUGCAUAGCAUCUGCAAAACCUGACAGUGAAAAAGAGUAACACCUUUUUUACAACCUCUCAUUUUCUCUGCCAUCCAAACCAAGCAGCAGCCAAGACAAGAGUAACGCCCACUACUCCAACUCUCUUCAUUCAAUUCAUUUCCAACAAACAAACAAACACAUCCUUAGGAUGCUCGAGACAGUUAAAUACCUUCUCGGUUCGGCCGGUCCAAGCGGCUUCGGCUCCAAAACUACCGCCGAACAAGUCACGGAAAACCACGCCGAUCUCCGCUCCAUCACCGCCAUUAUCACCGGUGCUACGUCUGGAAUCGGAACUGAAACGGCGCGUGUGCUAGCGAAGCGUGGUGCCAGGCUGGUUCUGCCGGCGCGUAGCAUGAAAGCUGCGGAAGACGCGAAAGCGCGCAUAGUGUCAGAGUGUCCUGAUUCAGAGAUCAUCGUUAUGGCUCUUGAUCUUAGUUCUCUCAAUUCGGUUACUAACUUCGUUGCUCACUUUCACUCUCUCGGUUUGCCUCUCCAUCUCCUAAUAAACAAUGCUGGAAAGUUUGCACAUGAACAUGCUAUAUCUGAAGAUGGCGUUGAAAUGACCUUCGCCACUAAUUAUCUGGGUCAUUUUGUGAUGACAAAUUUGUUGGUGAAAAAGAUGGUGGAAACGGCGAAGGAGACAGGAGUGCAGGGUAGGAUAGUGAACGUGUCGUCGAGCAUCCACGGGUGGUUUUCCGGCGAUGCGAUUUCAUAUCUGGCUCUUAUAAGCCGCAACAAAAGGCAUUACGACGCCACACGUGCUUAUGCUCUUUCCAAGCUCGCCAACGUUUUCCACACCAAGGAGCUUGCCCGUAGACUCCAGCAAAUGGGGGCCAACGUCACUGUGAAUUGUGUUCAUCCUGGGAUCGUGAGAACCAGACUCACUAGAGAGCGUGAGGGUUUACUCACAGAUUUGGUGUUCUUUUUGGCUUCCAAGCUCUUGAAGACCAUUCCUCAGGCAGCUGCUACCACAUGUUAUGUGGCCACUCAUCCAAGGCUCUUGAAUGUCUCCGGCAAGUACUUUGCUGACUGUAACGAAACUUCAACCUCAAAAUUGGGAUCCAACUCAACUGAAGCUGCAAGGUUAUGGGCCGCGUCCGAAUUCAUGAUUUCUAGGGGUCCAAAAGCUGCCUUUGACCUACUCAAUCACCUUGAAUUUUGAAGUUAAUUUCUUGGGACACUGCAAUAUAUAUAGUACUAGUAUAUGAUAUGAUUUUAUGGACAAAGAUACAUGGGUCUAGAGAGAGCAACCCUAAUAUUGUUUUGCUCUCUUUUGAUGUUAAUAUAGUCAAGAUAAUGAUAGGAAGGGUUAACUUAAUUUGCACAGUUUUAUAUAUGAAUGUGAUCUUAUAUGUAGUACCUAGGGUAUAAUAUAACCAUAUGUCAAUGUACAAUUAUUUUGAAAUAUCAUUACCUAGCUGGAGGAAAUUAACUUGUUGUUUUUAUUUUAUUUUUGCAAGUCUAAAAUAUGAUUGCUUUAGAUGCUAGUUAGAUUGGAUUGCCAUAUGAUGAUACAAUGAUUAUAGAGGUUGGGUUAUGUUAACUCUUGGAUCUUAGCUAGAUUGGAAAUGAAAGUGCCAGGAAAACUCUAAUUGUACA